GGGCCCUCUGCCGCCGCCGCCGCCGCCGCCCCGGGGGCUCGGGCCGCCUGUUGCUGGUGGAGCGGCGGCGGGGGCGGAUAUGCCGGGCGGCGGCGGGGGGCCCUCAGCGGCGUUGCGCGAGCAGGAGCGGGUAUACGAGUGGUUCGGGCUGGUGCUGGGCUCGGCGCAGCGCUUGGAGUUCAUGUGCGGACUGCUAGACCUGUGCAACCCGCUGGAGCUGCGCUUCCUCGGCUCGUGCCUGGAAGACUUGGCGCGCAAGGACUACCACUACCUGCGUGACUCGGAGGCCAAGGCCAACGGCCUCUCGGACCCGGGGCCGCUGGCCGACUUCCGAGAGCCCGCGGUGCGCUCGCGCCUCAUCGUCUACCUGGCGCUGCUGGGCUCGGAGAACCGGGAGGCCGCUGGCCGCUUGCACCGCCUGCUACCCCAGGUGGACUCGGUGCUCAAAAGCCUGCGCGCGGCGCGGGGCGAGGGCUCGCGGGGCGGCGCGGAGGACGAGCGCGGGGAGGACGGCGACGGCGAGCAGGACGCCGAGAAGGACGGCUCGGGCCCGGAAGGCGGCAUUGCGGAGCCCCGGGCCGGUGGCGGGCUCGGCUCCAGGGCCCAGGAGGAACUGCUGCUGCUCUUCACCAUGGCCUCGCUGCACCCGGCUUUCUCCUUUCACCAGCGGGUCACCCUGAGGGAACAUUUGGAGAGGCUCCGCGCCGCACUCCGCGGGGGCCCCGAGGACGCGGAGGUGGAGGUGGCACCGUGCAAGUUUGCCGGCCCCAGGGCCCAGGUAAGGCGCACGGAGCUUCCCUGGACUCGCGGUGCGACCGCUGCCCCGCCGGCCUCCCCGGCCUCGCUCUCGGACGCCCCUUGCCCGAGGCCCAGCCCGGCGCAGGUGGCUCGGAAUCCCCACCCGGCAGCUCCCAGCGCCAGAGGGCUGGGCUUCGUUUCGCUGGGCCGCUCCGUUCCACUCCCCCACCCCACCCCACACCCUGGCAGACACAGCCACCCGCCAUCACAGAAUGCUCUAGAAGUCUCUUCCGUGCCACGGUGUUGCCACGGAAGACGUGGAGCUCCCCGCCCGGGGCCCCAGUCGGAGGAAGAGUGUCGGGACGUUUUUGGCUCUGAGCAUCUCAGCGCUCGGUGCGGGAGCUGCGGGGCGCUGGAGGAACCUGUGCGAGAACCAGCCGCAGUGAGCCCCGGGCAGCGCCGUCCUUCCCCGCCUGCCUGGCCGGGGCUCCGCCUCCCGUUUCGGGGCUCUGCCGGGCCCUCGGCGGGGUGUCCUGAAGGUGCGCUCCCGGCGAGCUGCCCUUGUCUUUGGCACAGAGGGACUUUUUUUGCUCAGUGUGUGUCUGAGUUAAAAGGGGUCGUACGGGUCCUUGUGGCUCCUGCUCUGAGGGCUUGUGUUCCCAGCAGACAUCUGACGUAGAGACCUGCGAAUGGAUCUGAGAUGAGCAGUAAGGCAGGUUGUCCGGGUGGAGAAACCUCUCCUAGCGCGGCCUGGGAUGCUCUUUCCCUCCGACAGAAGCGCUUUCUCACGGGCUUGAUUCCUGCCUGCAGAUUGGGGUUCCGGGAUAUUUGUUGGGCGUUUACGAUAGGCGUUUAAUGUUGCCCAAAAGAACUACUUAAACACCGAAAUGUAGUAGACCAGAAUCCAAAUGAGCCACUUGUCGGAAACAUUAAAGAUGAAAUUUUAUUAUAGCCA